CCCACUACUACUGUGGUACGCUAACGCAUCAGUGACCCGGAAGUUGACGUCAGUUUUCUUCGCUCAGCAACGAAGUGACUGUUAGCUGUUGUUAGCUGUUGUUAGCUGUUGUUGUUCUGAGCAGCUUCUGACACGGACCUGUGCUCAUAUUGUUACGAUGGCUGAAGUAGAGGAAACUCUGAAGAGGAUCCAGGGCCAGAAGGGAGUUCAGGGGAUCAUCAUUGUCAACUCAGAAGGAAUCCCCAUCAAGACGACGCUGGACUACCCCAGCACGGUGCAGUACGCAGGACUGAUCCAGCAGCUGGUGAUGAUGGCCAGAAGCACCGUACGAGAGAUCGACCCCCAGAACGACCUCACCUUUCUGCGUGUGCGCUCCAAAAAGAACGAGAUCAUGAUCGCUCCAGAUAAGGAUUAUUUCUUGAUCGUCAUCCAGAACCCGUCGGAUUGAAAAAGAAGGACCGACUCAUCGCUCUCUUUGUCUGUCCUUCAUAUUUAAACUGUAAAACAUUUCUUUUGUUCAAUUUAAAAAAACCUGUUCACCAGAAGCUUUUUAUGCACUUUGCUGUACCAGGAAGUAACAACAGAUUUAAAGGUGGAUGAAACUGAGUCACUUCGCUCAGUGACAACAGAUCUGAACAGUAAGAUGUUCAUUCUCCCUGCAAGAAGAUUUCUUUUUCCAUGUUUUGGCAUUCCGGUCCGGUCUCCUCUCCUCUGAUUACUGUUUGUGAUGUCACUGUGUGUAUUUCAUUAAUCACAUGGUGAGACGGCACGACUGUGUUAGUACCUCUGACAGAAGCAGGGAAGUGAAAACAAAGAGGGACCGCCACACAUCUUUAGGUUUAAGGAUGUUUGUUUUUUUCAGUUCUGGCUUGGUAGAAAACUUGGGACUGUUUUUAUUUUGUAUUUAUUUUCCUGGCAAAGUGUUGAAGUGCAGUAUUUCACUGGGGAGAAGUGACACUACAGACGCGUCUCUGCUGUUGCCAUGUCAAGUUAAUUUUUUAUCAAAUUAUGAAAUAAAAAAUAACGGAAAUGG